UGACAUUUGAUAUGACAUGUUGCUUAUGCAUUGGCAUGAUUUCUAUUUUGCUGCCAGAUACCCUGCUAAUAUUACACUACUACGUGGAAACCAUGAAAGCAGACAACUAACCCAGGUGCAUGGAUUCUAUGAUGAAUGCCAGAGAAAGUACGGAAAUGCUAAUGCAUGGCGGUAUUGCACUGACGUUUUUGACUAUCUAACACCGUCAGCUACUAUAGAUGGAACAGUACUAUGCGUCCAUGGUGGCCGGUCUCCGGACAUUAGAACUAUUGACCAGGAUGUUUUGGACAUUACUAGGGCAUCAUUAAGCUGCCAAUCCUGCAGAGAACAGAAAGAGAAAAUUGUACUGAUUAUGAAAUGGUAUAUUGUUACAUUGUUUGUGAUGCAUGCCACUUGUACUUUCGUGAUAAUAUGA